GAGAUGUUUAAAUAGGAGGAAGGGCUGAGACGAUUCGAUCCCUUCUCGCUUGACCCCCCUCCUUCAGGUAGACAAGCGCCGCCGCCAAGUGGCCCGACGCCUUCCCAGACUACCAGUCCCAGCUGCUUCUGCCCUCCGCCAUCAUCGGCGUUUAUAGAGAUCGGAGUCGGCCGCAACCUGACCUCCCUCUUUGAAUCCGAGCCUACUCUCUCGUCUGCUCGCUGUCAGGUCGAGGUUCCCAGUUGGCCAGGGUACGUUCUAUGGCAUCGGAGGAUGUGGUUGGAAAGAGUACGGGGGAGUCGGCGGUCAAUACGAUCGUGAACCUGGCGGAGGAGGCAAAGUUCGCGAGGGAGGGCGUCAAGGCACCUGGCCACGCGAUCCUUAGUAUCUGCAAAUCUCUUGUUGCAGGAGGUGUCGCCGGAGGAGUAUCAAGGACUGCUGUCGCUCCACUGGAGAGGCUAAAAAUUUUACUUCAGGUGCAAAAUCCUCACAAUAUUCAGUAUAAUGGAACGAUUCAAGGGCUCAAGUUCAUUUGGAAAUCAGAGGGUUUCCGAGGGCUAUUUAAAGGCAAUGGAACCAACUGUGCACGUAUCGUCCCAAAUUCUGCUGUUAAAUUCUUUAGCUAUGAACAAGCUUCAAGUGGAAUUCUGUGGUUUUAUCGGCAGCAGUCUGGCAACGAAGAUGCUCAGCUUACGCCUGUUUUGCGGCUUGGAGCGGGUGCUUGUGCUGGAAUUAUUGCAAUGUCUGCUACUUAUCCUAUGGACAUGGUUCGUGGCAGAAUCACUGUGCAGAGUGAAAAAUCCCCUUACCAGUACCGAGGAAUGUUUCAUGCUUUAGGAUCUGUGUAUAGGCAAGAAGGUUUUCGAGCUCUUUACAAAGGCUGGCUCCCAUCAGUCAUUGGAGUGGUUCCGUACGUGGGUCUCAACUUUGCUGUCUAUGAAUCUCUGAAGGACUGGUUGCUCAAAACCAACCCAUAUGGUAUUGUCAAAGAUUCUGAGUUGAGUGUCGUCACACGGCUUGCGUGCGGAGCAGUUGCUGGAACUGUUGGCCAGACUGUUGCCUACCCUCUUGAUGUAAUCAGGCGAAGAAUGCAAAUGGUGGGUUGGAAGGAUGCUGCCCCUGUUGUCACAGGUCAUGGGAAGAUCAAAGCACCCUUGGAGUAUAAUGGAAUGGUCGAUGCCUUCAGGAAGACUGUCCACAAUGAAGGCUUCGGUGCAUUAUACAAGGGUCUUGUUCCCAAUUCCGUGAAGGUGGUGCCGUCUAUUGCGAUUGCAUUUGUGACGUACGAGGUGGUGAAAGAUGUUCUUGGAGUAGAAAUGAGAAUAUCAGACUGAUGUAGAUCCAAAUGCUAUUGGAAGUAGGCUUGUUCCUUUUUUGUUGUUUUAUGCAUAGAAUUAUAAGAUAGGGAAAUGUUCCAUCUUAAUGGUAUUCAUCCCUAGUUGACACUGAAACAUUCAACGCUUGUUUCUGGACUUGAUCGUCUUGAUGAAUAAAAUUGUUGUUAGCGGCAAAAGGCGAAACCCUCGCCCUCAGGGCCCCCGCCGCACCCUGCCCAGGGUCAUCACGAGGGAGGUAAAUCACGGUAGCUCGGUGGCAAGUACGCAGUGGGCCGAGACUUUUUGCACAGGGAUAGGGAAUAAAUCCCCGUUGCCCUGCGGACUCGAACCCAUGUUCUCAGUGGCAAACUUCCACGCCUUUACCAGCCGAGAUAACCCCGUGGGGCAUAAAAUUGUUGUUAGCGAAGUGUAGUGUGGGUGUUUCUCACACUAUCAAAUCUUAA